AUGGGAACUAUAAGCUAUGCCCAAGUUCCUCCGACGGCGGCAACUAUAGCUCUCAACGCCUAUAUCUACGGUUUCGGAGGCCACUCUUUGGUAACGCCUCAUACAGCUCUCAAACAACUGUGGUGGACCGAGGAUCGCAUUGACAGCAAAGUCACAAGGAAGUUUGUCGUAUCACAGAUCANNAAGGGAGAAGAGAGAGACUUCUUGGACAGACCCCUCGCGUUUGGAGAGGGCCUGACAGAUGACACCUACAUGGAAUGGAUUCUAGGUCGAGCGAGGCGACUUUUUCUGAUCUUAGCAGAGAUCGGCAAGCCAGAGCAGAUCUUUGGUCUGAUAGACGACUCACUGGACGAUGACGAUCUACCUNUUUCAUAUGAGAGUAUUGUCGACAUGGACCUUUGUGUUGAGCCAGAUGAGCGCUUGAAUCGAAAAUUUCAUACUACCCAGUUUCUGUACCUUCUACGUCGACUUAAUCAAGGCGGUCAUAUUGAUUAUGGACCUCAAGAACACAUACCUAUGGAGUACGUCCAUAAAGUGCCGCCAGCCGUGUCGCUCCAGAGUUGGGACAGGAUACAUNUUCCCAAAGAUCAUGAGCAAGUUUUUGUCCGGCGCAAAUUCACGUUUGGGACUGGUAACGACAAAGAUGAUCUUCGAGAAGCUUACAUGCAGGAUAUUGCAGAGGCCAAACGUUUGGCUCAUCCUCAUAUUGCUCGGGUGUGGGCAUCUUACACCUCUGGAGAUGCUGGCUACGUCCUCUCUGAUUUUGUGCCGGAGCACACCCUGGCAUCGUUCAUUGCUCAUCGGACGCCUUACCAGUUCAUGCGUGUGCCCCAAGCUGAAAGACCUGUCAUUCUGCUCGAGUGGAUGCAUUGUCUAACUGAUGCGCUCGCCAUGUUACACCAUCGUGGCAUCUCACAUGGCGCCAUAAGACCGUCCAAUAUUCUCAUCGAUCAUGACAACUGUAUCGCAUUCUCUGACAUAGGCGUUCUGCGGACCUUUCAACGUGGCAAANAGGUUGUGAAGAACGAGACUUCAGGUUAUUGUGCACCUGAGGCACAUGUGGAGGAGAAGGUGCGUGGCGUUCACUUUGCCGAUUCGCUGAGCAGUACAAUCCACAUCAAGCGCGGCUCCGAUGAUAGUACCUUGAGUGGAGCUUCUUUGUCCUCCUCAGGUUCACCGAAGAUCUCGAAUCCGAUACUCAUUCACAGUUCUAGCUCCAUGGUCGAUAGUCCGAUGAACAGCUUCAAUCAUCCCUCCACGUCUCCGCCGAUACCACUGUUUCGAAACUUCAGUAGGCAUCUACCUCCACCACCAACCUUCGCCUCGGCGAACAUAUGGUCGGCUUCUUCGGGCAAAUCUCGACGCUUGCUUCGCAAAUCGAGGAGUCCUCCAGCAUCAUCGAGCGGUUCUCCUCCUGAUGAGGAUCUAAAGUUUUUCUCGCCCGAUGACGUUGGACCAUCACAUCCAAUACCGAUUGGUGCUGACAGAAGGCCAUCCUGGGCUUCUUGGGGUACCUCGCCGUGCCCUACGUCCGACACUGCCUCCGAUCCGUCUAGCCUACUCUCCGAACUCUUGAAUGAACCUUUGAGUAUUCCGAAGCCUCUUGUCAUACGCAAGGCCGCAUCAAAGAGUUCUUUGGACAACAACCUUGCGGCGACAUCCACACACCACGACACAGCGUUCGAAAGCGACGUCUUCUCUCUAGGCUGUGUAUACCUCGAUCUCGUCACUUACAUCGUCAAAGGCAAACUUUCUGAUCUGCAAAAGUUUCGGGCCCAGGCGAAGGCACCCUUGCCCACCGAUACGGCCACCUUGCACACAUGGCUUGCUCACCUAGCAUCUGAUGCCAUCCGGCUAUCACCCACUGUUCAUGUACUAUCGGCUUUGGUGCCGAUAUUGGGCGUAGUCAGAGACAUGCUGUUACCAGAGCCGAGUCACAGACCUACUGCUCUAGCCAUUCGCGAUCGUAUAGCCGCUGCACUUGAGCAAGCCAACCUACAUUCUCUUUGCUGUAAGGAUCGGAACUGGGAUCCAGAAUUGGCAGCUCAGCAGCGACCUCGCAUGUCAACCAGGCGGCCUCCAAAAGCUACUGGGAAAGAGUCUACCGACACUAGCUUGGGAUCAGUCACGACCGAAAGCAGCGCGGAAGGGGGUGGUGAAUUUGCAGCAGAUGGCCCCGAUGUGAUCUUGAGGAGGAGUUUGAGUGUUGGCAGCGGAGUUAUGGAGAAGAAUGGAGGAGGCAAGAUGAAGAAAUUGGGACUUGGGUGGAUGAGGAAACCUCACGCCAAGGGGUUUUGA